CGGCGAUGACGUUUGGCAGCGGUGUUGAUAGGUCUAAGAAAUCCAAGAUGGCGGCAUGUGUAGCUGGCACACCUCGAAGAGUCAAGUCCCUUUUGUCGAGUUUCCUGCAUUCUCCUUCUACAAACGACCACCAGAGUAAAGAAAAAGAAGAGACAGACGCUGGUUGCGAAGAAAAGAGUGGAAUGUACAAACAACGAGGAAGAGAUGCUUUUUGGAACCGCGUAGAGACUUUCUCUCCUUUCACUUGGUUUGCCAAACCUAUGGAGCUCUCACCUCUGCACUGUGCCUUAUAUGGCUGGGAAAAUGCUGAUGUAGAUAUACUGCAGUGUGUAAGCUGCAAGGCCUGCGUAGAUGCCACAAUGUCAUCAAAUUGGGACCCUGAAAUGUUUGCAAAGACCUGCCUGCAGUUGAAAGAUUCACUAGUAGCAGGGCACACCAAGUUUUGUCCUUGGCCAGACAACCCAUGUCCAGAGUCAUUUCUUGGCCUCCCAACAAACACACCGGUGCAGUGGAAAGAAGAUUUUCGCAUGAGAUGCCAGGCCUUGCUUGAUCUUGGUGCAAGUCUUCCUCUGCUUGACUCUCUCACAUACAAGGACAUGGAUGAGGUUACAGAAGAUGGUCUUGAACAGCUGCAGAAAGCCUUUCAAAGCUGUGACCAAGGCAUGAUGGAUGAGGAGGACAUGGAACAGGCAGUCAGGACAUCCUGUGUUGUUGCUCUCUGUGGAUGGAAAUACAGACCAUCUGAUACUGACGCUGAUGGACAUACCCUCUUCUGUACCAUGUGCCGCCGAGAGGUGGGCCUAUGGAAUUUCAAAUCUCUGACAUCACCCUCCCCAAGUGCAUCCCCCUGUAGCAGUGGAAGACUGGAUGACCCGUCUGGUCCCCUCGAGGCCAUGUCCAUGUCAGAUGACAUAGUGACAGAUAGCUCCUCUCUACCUGGGUCAGAACGGCUUAUGCCUCAGGAUUCUAUGGAAGUAGCUGUAAGUCAGAAAAAAGGGUUCAUACGUUCACCAAUAGGCUUAAAACGAUCACGUGACACAGAAAGCUCAGGGCAGGAACAUGAAAUUGACACAAUUUCAGACAGUGAGGAACAUAAAAUGGAGAUGGAAAUGAAACACAGGCUUCAGGGAGAAGAGGAAAGCCCUCAGCAAGACAGUACACAAGGUUUAACCCAUGCCACAAGAGAAGAAACUCAGGACAUGCGCACUACAGACUGGGCUAUGGUAGUGGGGGAUAACCAAUCAAAAGAAGGACUUACUAGAGAGCUUCUGCAGUUACCACUACAUGUAAGACCACUGUCUGGGCGGAGCAGCCCUAUCUCUGGGCGGUAUGGGUCCGAAAAUUUGUCAUAUCGGUCACCACUGCAUCAUUCAUUGAGCGAUUUAUCGGAUAAAGGUCACUGUGAGUCACUUUGUGUUGAGGUAGAGGAUGAAAGUUUGACAGAGAAACUACAGGCAGUAGAGUCUGAGCUGGAGUUCAUGAGCGGGGGAAAUGAUUCUUCAGAUCGAGGGGAAUAUACACCUGAAAGGAAAAGGAUACGCUUGCAGGACAUCGAAAAGGGCACUUUCAACCCAAUAUCCGAGCACAGGAGCUGGUGUCCAUGGGUUACAUGUAGUGUGAAAGACCGUGGGCGGUCAAGCAAUGACCAAGGGACUAAUGUCGGCUGGAAGAUGCUCCUACACACCAUACUUCCAAACCUUGGAUCUGGCAAAGAGCACUCUUAUGUUGAGUCGCCCCCACAAGACGCGUGGAAAUCUGUACGGAGAGUACUCAACGAGGGCUCCUCGUCUACGAGCUCGCGAAGUGAUAACCACAGCAAAUGAUCGUGGGCGACAUGGGAAACGCACGAUUCGUUUUGUGCCAUCCGGUUAGUAUCCUACCACACGCGCAGAUUACGCAUGUGCGGAUGCGCAUGCGCGAUACCAUAGAUAUCACGGGACAAGCAAGAGACAAAGAAAUGCUAAAGCUAUGGAACAUUCUAAUGCUGUUAAGAGGUUUUUUUAAAUAAGAUUUUAAACCUGAAAAUUGUUUAUUGUGCUUAAGGGACUUAAUAAAACCAAAACCAUACGGAUAAAGAAACAUUUCUGGCAGCCAAAAAGUUGUCUGGAACGUACUCCGCAGUGGUCUGCUGGAACUUGGACUGGAAUCCGGAAUGGACACUUUUCUAGUGCACUGAGGAGACAAAUGACACUGGGCAGUAAGAGGCAGAAACAUUAGUAUUAAAGGCAGAAAAAAACAUAGGACAUCUGUGGAACACUACUGGCAUCCGUUCCACACUCUAAGUACUGUAUAUCUCCGAUCAAAGCAACAUCUAUCGGUUGUACUCUGUUGGCUAAAAGUUGUAUACUGUUUAUUCGUCUAGUCUUUCAUUAUAAAAAAAAGCCAAAGAGAGCAACAAAAUCUAGAUGAUAACUUUGAGAUGUAUAUUGGCAAAUGAAACUUUAAUAAAAUAGAAGGAUUUACGUACAAUGUUUCCAAUGAUACGUACGUAUCGUACAUUAUAACAAUGAGUUUUUAUUGAGUGCAAAUUUUUUGUCACAAAAACUGAGUGGGUCAUGUGUCAACCUUGGUUGAGGCAUACCUUGCAUACAUCGCUUAUCGUUUAGUGGACCCCUAUGGCUAAGCACUACAAACAUGCAGGCAUUUUAGAGCUUCCUUUGGCGCGUGUUCAGACACGCCAUUGGAACGGAACUGCAAUAAAAUGGAGGCUGUCGAUCAGGGACCCUCGACCCUUGUAUUGGGAACAAUUUCCUUGCAAUAGGUCGAGUAAAGAAGUUUUAUUCUAUAUCAAAUGUUGAGAUAGGACUGCCGUCAAAUUCCAAUUGGCUUAUGAAUAAUUUCAUUUUGAAGACAUAUUAUUACGCAUGAGCCUUGGAGGUUUUAUAUAAUAUGAUUCUAGGUGUGGCAAGGGUCAGUCCUUAGACAUGCACCAGGUAUAACCACAAGCUCUUGAAAAAUCCACGCCAUUUGUUUGCCCCUUAGUUGUAAUUUCAUAAGUUUACGGAUAGCUUUUGUCGGGGUUCAAAGUGUGGCUUUUCAGAGGUACAACUAGUAGAACUAUGACUAACGCAGAAUUCCUCGAUGGCCAGCUGCCAAAUUGGCAUAUUUCCCUUGCUUAAAGACAUUCGGCCCGUGUCCUGACCCUUUUAAUCUUUAUCUGGAGUUUACACCUAACGGAAAUAGCAAUCCCCAAACAAUACGUAAAUACGUUGAGAAGCUAGAAAACAGGUCGCGAUCCCUGUGCCGAACGCCCUGGAAUAGAAGCACAACGGAACAUAAACAUACAACAAGGAUUAACAACAAUGAUAUGGAACAAAAAUAAUAAGACACAGAGAGGGUGGGUGUGCGCAAGGGUUAAUGUGCGUCAAAAGUGGAAUUUGUUCCUCCGUGUGUUCAUCUUGUAAGUGUGCGUCGUAAAAACCUUAGCAGGGAAUGCGAGUUGUUUUUCGCUCAGCUUCACCCUAUUACCCGGGUGACGCGCAAUUGAGAUUUAUGGCGAUGUGAGCAAGUGAUUCCAGGUUGGGGGAGAGGGGCGGAGUGUUAGUACCCCUGGUGUAACCCCCCUUACCCUCGUGCAAACAAGUCAAGUCUGACAAGACGUGAUGUUGUCAGAUAGCGCUAUAUCUCAUAAUCCGUCCAUAAGUAGCCUUGCCCAGCACAAUUAGCUCAGUUUGAGGUGAGGUUCUCUAUGACAAGAAAUCCGCCCGUCAAAGAUGAAGACGUUUGUGUUUCUAGUGUUGACUGUUCUAUUGCUCGUUACAGUCCAUGGAGGGUUAGUCAGAGAGAAGCGCGGUAUUCACAACCAGCCCAGAACCUGCCUGAGGAACCGCGCAAGCUGUGACCUCAACCAUGCGCACUUUUGCUGCUCUGGCUAUUGCACUUGGGUCUGGCGUAAAAGAGAUCACGGUGGCUUGAGAACUGCCUGUUGGGUCAAGCGUGGAUGAGUGAAGGCAGCGUAUACAUAAUCGCUUUUGAACGUUUCAAAGAUAUAUGCAACAAUAAACCGCUACAAAAUAAUUACAAUAAUGAGCAAUUUAAUCAUCAUCAGUAAUAAUCGCUGAAAAUUUAAAGCAUUUGUAAAUUGAAAUCACGCUUUCGUGAGUUGUGCAACUAGGUGUGUUAUUAAAGCUUAGGGCUUACAUA